AAAGCCUUGCAUCCAUCCACUACAAAAAUCGCAACGAAGUAGCCUCCUCUUCAUUGAAAAUCAAAAUCAAAUCGCCAUGACCGAAGAAAUGAAGCUUUUCGGGUUUUGGACAAGCCCUUUUAGCCGCAGAGUUGAGGUUGGUUUGAGGCUCAAAGGAAUUCCAUACGAAUACAUAGAGGAAGAUCUCACCAACAAGGGUCCUCUGCUUCUGAAAUAUAAUCCAGUUUACAAGAAAAUACCGGUUCUCGUACACAACGGCAAACCUGUUGCAGAGUCCCUCGUUAUUCUCGAAUACAUUGAUGAAACCUGGAAAGGAUAUCCUAUUUUGCCUGAGGAUCCUCACGAGAGAGCCAUGGCUCGUUUCUGGGCUAAAUUUUUGGACGAAAAGGCACUUGAGGGUGCGUUGAAGGACAAGAAAUUCUUUGGAGGAGAGAAAAUUGGGUUGGUAGAUAUUGUUGGCAACAAUAUCGUCUUCUGGGUGAGGGCAUUUCAAGAGGUUGUCAGAAUUGAGCUGUUGACGGCCGAGGAGUUCCAUGUUUUAUUCAAAUGGAGUGAGGAGUUUGUUGGGUGUCCCAUUAUCAAGGGAAGUCUGCCUUCUAGAGAGAAAAUAAUGACCUUUUGCAAGUCUCGCCUUGAAAGGGCCAAAUAAUUGAUUCCUCUAUAUCAUGAUUGUGUCAAGGUAGGUGGCUUUUGUUUCUGUAAUCCCAAAUUUAGGAAAAUGUUUCAAGAUGUAGUUGCUCUGGUUAUUAAAGUAAUGCACCCCCG